CCAUCCAGAGAAUAGAUAUAAUGCACCAUCCCGAUCGUGACGUAUUCGUCACUUGUGUUUUAGUCACCGACAACUGCGUGCUUUCUUAUCGUUCAGGUGAUCACAUUUGGAACGAAAGCCAUGUCCAAAGCCCCAGCCUACCCUACCCAGGCCCCACCCCAGGGCUAUGCCCCACCCCCCGGGGCACCUGGGUACGCACCCCCAGCACAACCUAUGCAACCCCCUCCGUACGCCGCUGCCGGCCCCCCUCCCCCUUACAACCCCCACCAGUGGGGCCCCCCUGGAGCUGCGCAACCCCCUCAAGGAGCCCCACCCCCACAGGCCCCACCAGGGGGGUACGGUUAUGCCCCCCCUGGACAGACCAAUGUGUACAUCCAGCCGGCAGCCGUUCCUCAAGUCAUCAUGGUGACUCCUGCACAGAAACCAGGUGGUCCAUCCAUGGGGUACAAGGCUACGGCCGCUGCAGGCUCGGCCCUCGGAGGGUUAGUCAGUCUGACAGGGAAGGGGUUAAAUGCCCUGGCUAAGGGUGUGGAGCGGGAGAUCAACCAUGCCGUGGAUGGGUCAAAGGUCAGCCACACCCUGGCUCUGUUCUCCACAGGCAAUGUGCUGCAGCUGUACUCCAAAGUUACCCAGCGUGCCUUGCGGGUGAUGCCUAACGGAGCAGUGGACGCCCUGGGAGGACAAGAACCAGGAGCCCAGUUCAUUGUGACCAACUGUGGGUCCAACCAAGUCAUACUGAGGAACUGUGCCAACCCUGCAUUUCACCUGGCUGUGGUAGGGGGCAUUACAACUGGCACUGGGAACGGGACUGACAAGUCAUCCAUAUUUCGCCUCAGUGAGACGGUGAGCAAGUUUGUUACGCUGGAGUCUGUGCUGUGUCGGGACCACCACGUGGGGAUCGCACAGAACGGGAUGGUCACUGCGCCCGGCAUGACCAAAAAGGGACCUCCAGCCAUGUUCUCAGUCAGGCUUGUGUACAGCCCCUUUGGUCAGGUUCAGCGACACUAGGGUUACCAUGGCAACAUUAUGAUGAACAAGAAGGCCUGAUUCUGCAUCAAAGUUGAACGCCAAUGACAGUUCAACUUUGACUCACAAUGGCUUCUACCAACACAGAUGAAUGUACAACUUCAUAUGGAAAGGAAUUUAGCCUGACUUUUUAUUUUGCUGCACAACUGCAGAUGUAUUUAUUCCUUUAAAGUCUGUCAGACUGUCACACUUAGUUAAAUGUGCACUGAAAUGCAAGGUUUUUGAUAUCUUGUUAUAUUAUUCUAGCAGUACUGAAUGGUCUUUUCUGUAGGUUAUGAGAUAUAUCAUGCGUCACAAAGCUGUGUUCUAAAUAUAUAGAUUAAUGAGGAUUUCACGGUAGGUAUGUUACUGUCAUGUUUUGCACUUUCAACAAUCUCCUGCAAAACACCAAGGCUAUAUUUUCUUAUUGGGAACUGGAUUGUUCUGUACAGUACCAAAUGUCAUUACAAAUUUUGAUGGAUUGCAUGCUUCUCUCUGUAUCUAAAAGUAAAGGUCAUACACACCACUGU